UGUUCAGUUUCUCGGAGCGCGAGAGCGACCAUUCACGGGUGGAGGCUGAGAGAAAUUUAAAUCCCCCGGGCUGCGGUCGUCAAGCGAAAAGGCGAGAAAAUCACGGUGGUUUCUUUCGUUCUGUUUAGCACGCAGUCGUGACGGUGUAAAUGUGCUGUCGGUGUUGAGGGCUUCGAGGGUUUUGUUCGCCAUGGUGGUCGGGAAGCGGUUCCUGUGCGUGAGCGGAGAGGAGCCGCUGGAGCCCGCGCACAUCGCGCGCUGGUCCUGGCGAGCCGGAGUCAUCCGAGCCGUCACUCACCGAGACCACGACAACCCCGAGCUGACGGUAUAUGUGGAGUUCGAUGACCUUGAGUGGGACAAGCGUGAGUGGGUGAAGGUGUACGAAGACUUCCAGGUGUUUCUGCUGGAGCAUCAGCUGGUUUGGGCCAAACGGAAGGAGGGCGUCCAGCUGCAGGGGACAAAAGCCAAACAGAUCCAGUGGCCGGCCCUGACAUUCAAGCCUCUGGUGGGAAAGACAGUGCUUAGCUCCAUCACAGCCCUUGAGUUCUUCUCUGACAGACGGCUGGACUUUCUGACGGAUGAAGGAGUCUAUCAGCCCUAUCAGGAUGAGUUGGACAGUUUAAGUCCUGUUCUCAGAGACUGCCCACAGCUUCAUGAAGAAGUCAAAGCCUGGGUCAAAGACCAGAAGGUUCAGGAAAUUUUUAUGCAAGGUCCCUAUUCAUUGAAUGGCUAUCGUGUACGAGUCUACAGGCAGGAUUCAGCCACCCAGUGGUUCACGGGCAUCAUCACCCAUCACGAUCUGUUCAGUCGCACUAUGGUUGUCAUGAACGACCAGGUACUAGAGCCUCAGAACGUUGACCCCUCUAUGGUGCAGAUGACAUUUCUCGAUGAUGUGGUACAUUCAUUACUAAAAGGAGAGAACAUCGGCAUCACGUCUCGACGCAGGUCUCGCUCCAGUCAGAACAGCAACACUGCCCAUCAGACCACAGGAGGGAGACCAAGCGGCUCGACAGGAAUCACUCAGGGUCAUUACACGCGCGCCCAAGCCAACAGCCCCAGACCGGUCAUGAAUUCGCCCGGCUCCGCCCCGAAACCGGCCUCUCAGCAGCAACAAUCCCAGCAUGCACAGCCGCAGGUAUCCCAGCAACACCAGCAGCAGCCGUCACCGGGUCAACAGCGCGGCUCACGCUCUUCGCGACGGAAAGGCUCCGACAGCAGCGUACCAGACGAUGAAAAGAUCAAAGAUGAAAAACCAGAUGGUGGAGGGAAAGAUUCUUCUAAAACCAAAAGCAAGACAAACAAGAGGAGAAAGGCAGAUGAGGAGGACAAGAAGAGUGGUCUCAAACGACUCAAAACAGAAGCGUCAGACCUGUCGGAGAGCAGCGACUCGGAGAUCUCCAACAAGCGGAGCGUGGACUCGUCCUCAGAGCAGAGUUCAGAGAAUGAGCUCAGAUGCAAGAACACUUCCAAAGCUCCAGAAGACGAGGAGAAAUCCCAGGGCUCCCAGUCAGUGGAUAUGUUGAGUGUAAGCACCAGACUGUCUCGUUGGGACGAGAUGCAGGUGACAGAGAAAAGCGGUAAGCCUGUGGCUGUGGAGGUGGCUCAGCGGGCGGACAGUGAGCGGAGAUCUCCGCUGCCCCCUCAGGACUCCUCCUGCAUGCAGAACCAGGGCUCGGGGCUGACCGAGGUCCAAAGCUGCAUUGUGGAGAUGAAGAGCACUGUGAAAACCCUCCCCAAGGACCAUUACAGCCCAGGGACGCCUCUGACGCAUACGCCCAAAUGUGUGAUAGAUAUCACGGAGGACGCCAACAUGACACCCAGUUCCAGAGAGAGCUCGGAGGCCGUAUCGGCCCUGCUGGCAUCUCAGAAAGGUGACGUGUAUGGCCCUGAGUCCAGACAGCAGAACGCCCGCGGCAUUACCGGCAAAAUCGAAUUCGCCCACUCGGAGGUCAUACGGCCAGUGACGUCAGUGAGCGAGUCAGCAGCUCUGGGUGAGAGAGGGAAGCUCCAGAAGCAGUACGCAUCUAUGGUCAUUAAAAAUGCCUUGCUAACAGAAGACAUCAGAAAACCUCAUAAACUCAGUCCCUCCCCUGACUUACCCAAACCCAAAUCCAACUCAUCCCCCGACAUCCUCAAGCCCAAGUACACUCUCUCACCUGACAUCAUAAAGUCAAAAGCUCACAGCGUUCUCGACUCCUCCAAGCCCAAACCAAAUAUAUCCCCUGAGGUGUCCAAACAUAAACCGCGUCACCCUGACAACCUUCUCACCGCAGGUCGCUCUGCACUCAAACUCGAACAGGACAUACCUCGCUCCAGUUUCAAACCUGUGCCCCCACGCGGCACGCUGUCCGAAUCCGCUAAAAGCCAGCUUAUGGUUGAAAAAAACGAGCAUUUCACGGUUUAUAGAGACCCUGCCUUGGUUCGGCCGGAGUCGGAGAACAACCACGUGACUUACCUUCAUCCCCACCUCCAUUCGCUUCACACCUCCUCUCAUGGGACGUGUCUGACGCCCAGCUCGCACCACCCGUCCCAUCUCCUCCCUUCUUCUUCCAUCGGUCAUCCGGUGCACCACCCACACCUGCUGCCCAGCGGGCUGCCCACUAUUCCACCAGGCUCCAUCCUGAGUGGUCAUCCCCGGCUGGACUCUGGGCUCGGACACCUGACCCUGGCCCACCAUCAUCCCCACCAGCAGCAGCAGUUCCUCCAGCAGCAGCUGCCGCCCUCAUCACUGCUGGCGCAGACGCACGGAGGCUCAUCCUACAACCAGAUCGGACUCUACCCCAUCAUCUGGCAGUACCCCAACGGUGCCCACUCCUACUCGCCCGGGUACAAGUGGGUUCAUCCGGAAAAUGCUGUCAAUUCAGACUCCAGCCUGCGCAGGAACACCCCCAGCCCGUGGUUACACCAGCCCACCCCUGUAUCCUCUGCAGACAGCAUGGGCAUUUUGAGCCAUGUUCCUUGCAGACCAGCCAGUGCUGAACCCUAUCGACCCAUCAAGAUCAGCUCACACUCCAGCCCACCGCUCUCGAAAACCCCAGGAGAACUCCACAAAGAAGAGCGGGAGAAGAAUGUGUUUGUGAAUCCAAUGCGUGGCCUGGCCACCAGCCACCUGAAGCAAGAGCCGGACCGCAGCCGGACGCCCACCAAUAAAGAACUGCACCGUCUCUACAUGGAGUCCCCCCACGGCAAACAACAACCACCAUCAUCAUCACCCAUGCCUCAAGAGUCUGACCGCAACAGAAAAUACAAAGAAGAGAACCGUCUCAUCCUGAAAGAGAGUAUAGAGGUGGCCCCCUACACUGCCAAGAUCCGCUCCGGGGAGUCUGAGCGUGAACAUUACUCUCGCCUUACCUCACAGUCCAAAAGCCACGAGAAAGAGGUGGAGCACUCGGAUCUGUACAAGUACAAACACUCGGUGUCCCAGUCCCUUCCUCAAACCAACUACUUCACCACACUGUCUAACAGCGUCGUGAAUGAGCCGCCGCGACUUUACUCAUCCAAAGAUUCUUACUUUGAUAAGGUGCCCCCAGCGUCCAGCCCCUUGUCUCUGAGCACUUACAGCUCAACCCACAGCAAGUCCCUGUCCAAGCCUCCCCCGCUCAUUAAACACCAGCCAGAGACAGAGGGGCUGAUGGGUAAGAUCACAGAGCAGCUCAGUCAACAGCUGCCCGUGCACUCACUCAGUACCUCAGUGGUGACGUUCACUGAGCGCUGUAGCCCGGCCAUCUCUCCGUCUGCUCAACCCAAAGGUAUGCCGGCCCUGCGUCGAGCUCCCGUGUUUCACCCGCCCACCCAACAGACACCUGACCGCAAGGAAGUAGCCUUUGGCCGUCUUUCCCCACCUACGCUCACCCCCAUCCAACCCGUCAGCUCGGCCGGAAAGGUGUCAGAGCAGCAGAAGCCGCCCACCCUGCUCCCAGAGCUCAGAGACGAGAAGAGCAGAGCCGAGCCGGAGGCCUGGAGGACCGGAGGAGAACCGAAGAGCCACGAUAAAAUGAUUCGACAGUCAGAGAACAGCCAAACCAAGCCGCAGGUAGCCAUGGCAUCUGUUAUCGUCCGACCUUCUACUUGCAUAAAGUACGACGGCUCGCCGGGUCCCAAGAUGACCUCCAAAGAGCCGCCCGGUGGUAGAAUGUUUGCCGGCCGGCCUCAGGCAGUGGUGGAGAGCUGGGAAUCCGGCAGAGUCAUCCUACCCAACACAAACCUGGAGGAUGCCAGUGAUCAGUACAAGAAAAACUUGAUGAGAGUAACUCAGAGUAGUGUUUCCAGCUCAGCGCUGCCUGUGGUUCAUUUAGUGAGUGAUGAAAGCACUUCCACCGCCACUAGCGGGUUUAGCCUGGAGAAUCAUAGUAGAGGAGAAGAGCUGUCCUUCCCCGUCUCUGGCAUAAGCAGUAGUAUCAGACCGGAGAGCUCUGUGUCUAAAACUCCCACCAUCACUGAGUCACAGGAGGGCAGCUCAAGAACCACUUCACCUACUGCCGCCUCCGCGCAGGCCUACUCCAGGAACUUUGUUCACCUGAAGAAGGCCAAAGCAGCUCUGGCUGCGGCUCAUUCCCUCGGCUCCAGCAGCGCCUCAGAGAGCGAGAGCGGUAGUGUCCGAUCCUCUCAGGACUCGCCCACCAUCAUCCAGGACAACACUACGCAAGGCAACCCCGCCAGCAAAGCCAGCCCGUUACCCAACGGACAGCCAGUGCAGGUGUGCCAACAAAACUACCACAAGCUGAAGAAAGCCUGGCUCACACGCCACUCUGAGGAGGACAAAAACACCAACAAAUCUGAAAAAGGCACCAAUGACAUUUCAGAGCUAAUAAAGCCAUGCACCGUUAGCCUGAUCGCAGGAUCUGCCUCUGCUGAUGUGGACUUGAGCAAAGACGGCAAAGGACAAGAGGACAAGCUGUCACCGGAGGACAGAAAGACACGGCGCGGGCCCAAGCGUCCGUACGAAUCAGCCUCGGAGAGCGGAGACGACUCGGACUCUAGCGAGAGUAAGCUUGAACAGAGGACUAAACGGCAACCCAAACCCACCUACAAAAAGAAGCAGAACGACAUGCAGAAGAGAAAGGGAGACAAUGAGAAGGACGACGACGAGGUGAAGACGAACUGUAUCUUCCGGAGUGCCAAGGAAAAAACCAAACUUAAGCUGGCCAGCACCAAUGGUAUUCCGCGGUCAGUGCUGAAGGACUGGAGGAAGGUGAAGAAGUUAAAGCAGACGGGUGAAUCCUUCCUGCAGGACGACUCGUGUUCAGAGAUCGGAUCCAACUUACAGAAGUGUCGAGAGUGUCGCUCCAUCCGCACAAAGAAAGGAGAAGAGCCUGCCCACUCGCCCGUCUUCUGUCGCUUCUAUCACUUCCGCCGGCUCUCUUACAGUAAGAACGGAGUGAUCCGGAUCGAUGGCUUCUCGUCUCCUGAUCAGUAUGAUGAAGAGGCUCUCGGUCUCUGGGCUUCAGAUUCUUAUGAAGAAAACACUCUGGAUCUGGACACCUCCAAAUAUAUCCUCAGCUACAUCGGUGACAAGUUCUGUCAGCUGGUCAUGACUGAGAACACAGCGGCCACGUGGAUCAAGAAAGAUGUCAAGAUCGCGUGGAAGCGAGCGGUGAGCGGGGUGAGAGAGAGCUGUGAUGCGUGUGAAGCCACCUUGUUUAACAUUCACUGGGUCUGCCAAAAAUGUGGAUUUGUGGUGUGUUUGGACUGUUACAAGGCCAAAGAGAAGAAGAGCUCCAAAGACAAAGAGCUGUACGCCUGGUUGAAGUGUGUCAAGGGACAACCACACGAUCACAAGCACCUGAUGCCAACACAGAUCAUUCCUGGAACUGUUCUGACAGAUCUGCUGAACGCUAUGCACAUGCUCAGGGAGAAGUACAGCAUUAAAUCCCACUGCUCGUGUACGGGGAAACAGAACGCUCUUCUCAACAAACUGCCCUCCACCAAUGGCGUCUCCCAGGUUUUGCAGAACGUGCUCAAUCACAGCAACAAGUUCUCUGUGUGUAAGUCUGAUGGAGGGCAGCAGAAUUCUCCGGUGAAGGUGGAGGCUAACGGUGGGAGCAGUCCGGCCAGCGACAACAGGGCCGACAGCAAGUUCACCCCGCCGGAGUCGCAGUCACCCCUGCACUUCCUGGCCGACCUGGCAGAGCAGAAGUCCCGCGAGGAAAAGAAGGAGAAUAAGGAGUUAUGUGUAGGGAAGAUAAGAGAGGAGAAGGAGCAGACUGAUGCUUUAGAGUCUCUACACAGUAAAGCAUCACCUCUGGAGCCGGGCUCAACCCUGCGUGAUCUCCUCACCACCACCGCUGGAAAACUGCGCCUGGGCUCAACGGAUGCAGGCAUCGCAUUCGCACCCGUCUACUCCACUGCAUCUCAGAUUGUGAAGAGUGGCCGCAGUAUGCCCAACAUCCUGGAUGACAUCAUCGCCUCUGUGGUGGAGAACAAGAUCCCGGCGGGCCGCGGCAGUAAGCUGAACCUGAAGCACGAGCCUGUGGACGAGUCCAAAGCAGAGAAGCAGAAAUGUUCAGAGGUGUACGCAGACAUCCCUCACUGCUGGCUCCACGAGCGCAGACUCCUCUGGCUGAAAGAUCAUCGCAACACCCACAACUGGAAACUCUUCAGAGAGUGCUGGACACACGCUCAGCCCGUGCUGGUGUCUGGAGUACACAAGAAGCUCAACAGCAGUCUGUGGAAAGCCGAGUCCUUCAACCAGGAGUUUGCUGACCAUCAGGGAGAUCUCUUGAACUGUAAGGAUGGAGUGAUGUCCAACUCGGGCAUCAAGGAAUUCUGGGAUGGUUUUGAGGACCUGACGAAACGGCCCAAAUCUAAAGACGGGGAGAGUGUUGUGUAUCGUCUGAAGGACUGGCCGUCAGGAGAGGAGUUUAUGGCUCUCAUGCCCUCCAGGUAUGAUGACCUCAUGAAGAAUCUCCCAAUGCCAGAGUAUUCAGAUCCUGAGGGAAACCUCAACCUGGCCUCUCAUCUGCCCACCUUCUUUGUCCGGCCGGACCUGGGCCCUCGCCUGUGCUGCGCUUACGGUGUCGCAGCCUCUCAGGAGCAAGACUUUGGCACUGCUAACCUGCACAUGGAGGUGUCUGACAUCAUCAGCGUGCUGGUUUAUGUGGGCGUGGCCAAAGGCAAUGGUGUCCUCUCAAAGACAGGAGUACUGAAGAGGUUAGAGGAGGAAGAUCUGGACGACAACGUAAAGAAAAGAUUAAAGGACUCGAGCGAGACUCCUGGAGCCUUGUGGCACAUCUACACCAGCAAAGACGGCGAGAAGAUUAAAGAGUUUCUGCACAAGGUGGCGAAAGAGCAGGACUUGGAGAUACCAGUAGACCAUGACCCGAUCCGUGAGCCCGGCUGCUACUUGAGCCGUAAACUGCGUCAGCGACUGCUGGAUGAACACGGCAUUCAGGGCUGGACUGUGGUGCAGUUUCUGGGAGAUUCGGUUCUGAUUCCGGCUGGAGCUCUGCAGCAGGUGCAGAAUCUUCACAGCUGUGUCCAGGUCAUCAAUGACUUCGUCUCCCCGGAGCAUGUGGUGCAUUCAUUCCACUUAACCCAGGAGCUGAGGUCCUCAAAAGAGGAAAUCAACUAUGAAGAUAAGCUGCAGGUCAAGAACAUCUUUUACCACUGCGUGAAGAAUGCAGUCGGAGUAUUAAAGAGGUGCUGUGAGGAGGAGGAGGAGGAGGGAGAGGAGGUGAACUCAUGACACCGGGAACGCCCGGGAACACUUACCCCAAAUAUAUGCACACUAACGCUCACACGACCAACCUCCAGUGCCAAGCAGAGAUGACAGCGGGAAACUGUAUUUAUUCGUUACUGACACACCAUAGCAGUAUGACUGUGAUCCACACGCAGCACACCUGAAGAUAAUGCGACAGCGCCCCGGCUGUCCCAGUAUUCCUUUGUCUAUUUGUUUGUUGCCCUUUUUUGUUCUUUCAUAUUGUACAGUUUCAGUGGAGAAUCGUAUUUAUUUUUUGGAGCUCUGCGCUCUGAUCCAGAUCAAAUGUAAAUGUGACUUGUACAGUUUGCUAAUGGAUUUGUGAUGCGCUCACUACUUUGAAAUUACUGUGAGAGAAAGAGAAAUCAGCCGUCUCAUGUGCUCAUGCCAUAUAUCUUUUGAGAAAACGAACUGCCAAACAAUUGUAAACAUUGUACAGUUCUAUUAUGUAAAGAAAGAAUAACACACUUCAGCAUUUUAUUAAGAAGUAUUCACUGUAAAAAUGGAGACAUUAACAAAAAAGUUGUAAUUUAUUUAAGAAAACUCUCAUUUCUCCUUUUUAUGUUCAGAUUUACUAUGGUGAACUUUUGAAGUUCAGUGAAAAAAUGGAUAUCUUACUAUGCUGUGUAAAUAUAUACAUAUAUACAUUCACUGAUGUAUUUUUUUAAGACAUGGCUUGCUUCGAUUUCAAAUUUUAAAGUGCAAGUGUUACAUGCUUUGUACAUUGAAGUUCAAAGGGGUUUUACAUUUUCCAUUAAAAUGGAUUU